CCGUAAUACUGCGCCGCCGACUACCCGUCCAAACACCUCAACAAAUUAUCUUUGCAGAGAAAACAUGGCCUCGACGGCUGAGGACCCGAAUGAAGCCACAGAUAAACCGGACGAUGAAGCACGCGCGUGUGGUAGCAACCACCAAGAUGCCACUGCAACGUCUUCCGCAGAUCAUGUGAACAACAAAGACAUCGGUCUUCAGCCUCAAGAAAGCUGGGAGACCGAGCCUGAAAGUGAAAGCAAUUUAGAGCUGGGGGAACCGUAUCAAAAGCCAACUCCAAAGGUUUACACGGCAGCAGGGGCCGGGGAAGGGGAGCUAGGGGAGUACCACGGAGAGAGCCAUCUUGCUCUGAGGAUGUCGUCUGCGUGCAAGGGGCCUCUGAAGGAUGUCGACAAGAACCAUCCAGAAAUUUGGGCAUUACUUCCAAGCGGCUACGACUACCACAUCUGUGCCAUCGAGAUUCCGGAUCCGGACAAGCCGGACCAGUUCAAGAUCGGUCUCCGUCUGCCCAUCAAUACAGAGAAGGACAUGGAUAAAUGGAUCGAGGAGUACCAGAUGGUCAGCUAUACCCAGUAUCGGGUCGGUCAUGGCAAUCGGAAAUCAAAGGCUGUCCGCAUACUUUACCAGAGAAACCUAAAGUGCCAACACAACAUCUUUCCAAGGAAGAAGAACGAGACUCCGAAGAGAGCGCUGACCGACCGAAGCAGUGCGUGGCGCGGGCCCCAGCACACCGGAUGCCAAGCGAAGCUGAACAUCGCCAUCAGGGUCUACGUCAAGGAGAUCUCAAAGAAUCGUCUCAGUAGAAAUCAAGACGUCCAUAUGCCAGACUACCCCGCCAUGAUAUCCAUCACGCACACCCACAACCACGAGACGAAGAGUGAGUACGCUCUACGCUUCCGCCCCGUGGACAAGACGCUCGAGGAUUUCUACACGGAUCUCUUCAAGGCUGGUCAUAGCGCCCUGACGGCAUGGAGCUUCUUUCAGUGGAAGCGCUGGGCAGAGAACGGGAUAGACUACGAGAAGAUGAUUCAGGACAGGGCGUACAAUCCCGACAUGGCCUAUGUUUACAGGAUUUUCUACCGCAUGAUGCGGGAGAGGAAGCCGCAAAUGAUGAAACCGAUAAAGUCUGCCAAGCAACGCAAUAUGGGCGUGGCCCAGACCAGCACCCCUGUGACCUUGGGCGCCACCACUCUAGGGGUGUCUCAUGCUGGGGGACUCCCCAAUGGCUUGGGUACAGAGGUGAUCAUGGAGGGGGACGAAGGAGACGGAGAGGUCACCCAGACAAAGAGGAUGAAACUGGAUGUAGGAGGAAACACUGUUGUUGAAGCAGAUGUGAUCAAGGACAACUCUGGAAUCAUUUUUAUGGACACGUCAUCUUUGAUGGCCAGCUCUGGUCUUCUCAGCAGCACCUCCUUGAUGGACAAUUCAAGCCUAGCAACUGCAUCAUACGUCGAAGAAGAGGAAUUGGAGGAGGAGGAAGAUGCAGGCAAAGACUUCUUUGCUCAUGGUUACAGGACUCGUAUCCGGGGCUCGAACCGUAAGCGGAAGAACACCGUGAAUCUGAAGGAACUCUAUGAAGAUCUUGAGCAGCUGAUAUCAAAGCAUGUGAAUGAGAUGCACCCAGCUCAUGCCCACCUUGCGAGGAUUACCGGUGACAGAGACGAUAUGAUCAUUGCGAUCUGCACCCCCCUCAUGAGGCGGGCCCACGCCAAUCUGCCUGCAGCAAAUGAACUGUGCAUUGUAGACGGGACAUACCAGAGCUUCGGUCAGGUCAUGUGCUAUGUAGUGUCCUUCAUGGUCCCGAGCAAUGCUGGCGGGAUUCCUCUAGGGUUCCUAGUCCUGUCGUCCAUGGACCAGGUCUUUAUCACGCAGGGUCUGGAACUCUUCAAGAUGCUGAUCCCGGAUGAUGCCUUUGGCUGCAGAGGACGCGACGGACCGUCCUACUUCCUCGUCGACGAGGAGCACUUCAAGCCGGAGAUCGUCCAAGCAACCUUCCCCAAUGCCAAUGUCCUGAUCAGCCCCUAUCACCUGAUCUUGAUGACCUGGAGGUGGAUGGCUGAUCCCAAGAGACGCAUCAAGAGCAAGGACCAUGCAGCAAUCUUCGGAUUCGUCAAAGAUCUGAUCAAUUGCCAAGCAGCUGAAGAGCUUAAUAGUAUCCAUAUCAAAAUCCUUAACAGUGAGAUCAAUGAAAUGUACAGGGAGUUUGCACCCUUUGUGAUAGGUGGCAUUGUGAACCGAUGGAGUGAAUGGAUGCUACCGGAAGAUCAUCCCAUCCAUAGAAUAGGGGUAGGAGCCUGCCCCUGGCAGAAGGUCAUGAACUGCAUGAGGGAUAGGGUGCUCAUGAAAGGAAGACACUUUAACAUCCUACAGAUGACUCACUUUCUUCUCCAUGGAGUAGACGCAGCCUACCAGAGGAACUUGGAGGAGGGGUGUAAGAGUGAGCCCACGGACCUCUCAUUCGUCCCCAUCUUCCUAGAUCCUUACAUCACCAAGGCUGGCAUCACUCAGCUCAGCCCAACUGAAUUCCAUGUCAACGCCAGGAACAAGAACCUGAUUGGGGUUUUGACGGUCAACACAGAGUUGGGUAUCUGUUCCUGUAUCGCAGGGAGAGCGGGCUAUUUCUGCGUCCAUCUUGGAUCCGUUCAUAAAUUCUUUGACGUUCCCACCCGCACGAGGGCUCCCUUUCCAUUUGCAAUUGAUAAAUAUCACAUCUACAAACUUGCCACAGGAGAGAAAAUCAUCCAUGAGCAGCUGACCGACACCAUGCAGCAGCUUGCUCAGGUAGUGGAAGCCAACCUGUCCACUCUCGCAGAACCGGUCAAACAUUUCAUCCAGCAGAUAGAGAGAGCAGACUCCGCCUCCGGGCUCGUCGCCGCCCUGGAGAAGUUCAGGGUCCUGACGAAAGAGGAGGAGGAGGAGGAGAAGGAUCGGAUGGAGAGAGAGAAGGUGGAGAAAGCAAAGAAGGAGGUGGAGGAGGAGCGGAGGAGGAGAGAGGAGGAGAAGGCGAGGGAGGAGCGAAGGAGUGCGGAGGAGAAGAGGAAGAAGAAGGAGGAAGAGGAGAAGAUGGAGGAGAGGAGGAAAGAAGAAGAGGAGAAGAAGUUGAGACUUUCACGGCUCUUCUCUGAUGAUGCUCAACUCAUUGUAAAGACAACUGUUUGCAGCUCUACAAAGGAAUCUGAAAAGAAAGUGAACGAAGUAGAAGCCGGGAAGAGGGCUCGUGUGCCAAUCAUGACGCCUGGACGGUCUGUAACGCGUGGAGUAACACGCAUGCAGGACACUGAAAAUAGCAAAAAGGAAGCAACACCAAAGAGAAAAACAAAAGCACAGAGAACUGCAUCCCCUUCCAAGCAGGCUGUACAAGCAGCCAAAGAACAUAUUGAUAGUUUGGAAGAAGAGAAUGCUACGGACAAAAAUCUCAUCUUGUUGAUGUCGGACGAGGGAGGGAUGUUGGUGAAAGGAAUAGCCACAGAGACGGCGUCGCUAGGGAGGGUGCUUGUGAUUAAUAAGCCAAUCACAGAUCAGCAGGUUGGCAUGGUCGUGAUGAAGGACAAGAAGAAAGGGAAGAAGGGAAAGUCAUGACAUGAAAGCAUGAUCAGUAGGAAUUGACCAAUCAGAUAGGAGAUGAUUUAUGUUUUGAGGCAUGAUCAUGCUACUGCAGCCAAUCAAAGACCAGCAGGUUAUCAUGGUGAUGAAAGGUUUUGAAAAGAGGAGAGGAGGUCAUGACUUGAAAGCAUGAUCAGUAUACUGCGGCCAAUCAAAGACCAGCAGGUCAUCAUGGUGAUGAAAGGUUUUGAAAAGAGGAGAGGAGGUCAUGACAUGAAAGCAUGAUCAGUAGAAACUGACCAAUCAGAUGGGAGAUGAUGUUUGCAUCGAGGCAUGGUUAUAGUUUUGCAGCCAAUCAUGGCCCAGCAAGUAUGCAUGAUGAUGCUGAAGAACACAGCGAGGAAAGUCUAAUCAAGAGGAACACACCAAUCAGCUUCGAGAUGUCGUUUGCAUUGAGGCAUAAUCAUCCUGACAUGCUUUACAUGAAACUGACCAAUCAAAACCACCGUUUUCAUGUAUGAAACGUUAAAAGUCCAAGCUGUUAACGUUCUUUAUACCAUCAGUAUAAAUGUGUCACUCCAACUUGAGCUGGAGUCUGGAUCAGCCUGGAAAUCAAGUAAAAUGGUACUUGUAAAACUCAUUUGAGUACAUAAUUCCUUUAAAUACUUUGUAAAAUCGGGGAAAACAAAUUAUCUAGUACCUUGGGCUUCAAAAAUAAUCAUAAGUCACAUCUUCAGCAAAGAUAGUAGGGUAUAUGGGAUUGGUGUAUUAAAGCCCCACUGCACUACUUAUAGCUACUUGCUCCCUCUAUAUAGAAAACAAUGCCUAAUCGGUGACCAUAGGUCCCCCAUGAUCAUUUUUUCUUAUGUUAAUUGAGAGCUGAGUUGAUGAGAUAGCCACCUGUCAGUGACCACCCUGGGUGGUCUAAUCCCUCCUGGCCAAACUAGUGCAGAUUGGCUUUAAAGCCGAUUUUGGGGGUCUUGACCUAAUUAUCAGUGCCAUGUUUAGUAUCAACAUCACUUUCACUGUCAUCACAAUCAAUCAUCAAUUCAUCAUCAUCGUCAUCAUCA